AUGGAAAGUAGCCUAAACUCCUUGAAUGAAAGUGGGAAACGUGUCGCGGAGUCACUCAUCUCCGAGCACACGCUGAGAAACUUUGCGGUUGUGCAACUUUUGCUCACCUCAACCGCGGUCACCACAAGGGCUGUGGGCGCGAAUGUCGACGAAGAGCGAGCUUGCUGGGAGCGCGCUCUUGUUGAGCGAAUGGGGCGGGGGGGUAAAAAGGCAUAUUUUGGACUUGCUCUGUCAAUGCAGGAAUGUGAGGAUGCAAUGACAGGUGAUACGGACAAAUACCUCGGACCCCAGGAUCUGAAGGAGUUGGGAGAUGAUUCAUUGCCUGCUGAGGGAUACAUGGGCUUUAGCCUGGGAGCCCGCUCCGCCAGCCUCCGCUCCUUCAGUUCGGAUAGGUCCUACACGCUGAACAGAAGUUCUUAUGCCCGAGACAGCAUGAUGAUUGAAGAACUGCUGGUACCAGCAAAGGAUCAGCACCUGACGUUUCAAAGGGAGUUUGAUUCUGAUUCUCUCAGACACUACAGCUGGGCUGCAGACACCUUGGACAAUGUUAACCUUGUUUCAAGUCCCAUCCAUUCUGGUUUCCUGGUUAGUUUUAUGGUUGAUGCACGUGGAGGUUCAAUGAGGGGCAGUCGCCACCAUGGAAUGAGAAUAAUUAUCCCACCACGCAAGUGUACAGCACCAACCCGCAUCACCUGCCGCUUGGUAAAGAGGCAUAAGCUGGCCAGCCCACCACCGAUGGUUGAAGGAGAAGGAUUAGCAAGUAGACUUGUAGAAAUGGGGCCAGCAGGGGCACAAUUUUUAGGCCCUGUCAUAGUGGAAAUCCCGCAUUUUGGGUCAAUGCGAGGAAAGGAAAGAGAACUAAUCGUACUUCGAAGUGAAAAUGGUGAAACGUGGAAGGAGCACCAGUAUGACAGCAAACACGAAGACUUAACCGAAAUACUCAAUGGCAUGGAUGAAGAGCUGGACAGCGUUGAGGAGCUAGAGAAGAAGCGUAUCUGCAGGAUCGUCACAAAGGAUUUUCCUCAGUACUUCGCGGUAGUUUCACGAAUCAAACAGGAGAGUAACCAGAUCGGCCCAGAGGGUGGAGUGCUGAGCAGCACGACGGUGCCACGUGUCCAGGCAUCCUUCCCCGAGGGUGCUCUAACCAAAAGAAUCCGCGUGGGGCUCCAGGCUCAACCGGUUCCAGAGGAGAUUGUCAAAAAAAUCCUUGGAAACAAAGCAACUUUCAGUCCCAUUGUCACUGUGGAGCCAAGAAGAAGAAAAUUUCAUAAGCCAAUAACCAUGACAAUUCCUGUGCCACCUCCAUCAGGAGAAGGUGUAACCAAUGGGUACAAAGGAGACAUGACACCCAGCCUUCGACUCUUAUGUAGCAUUACAG